CUGAGGAAGUGGAUUCAAUCAACAAACGAAAAACUCGCUAAAAUCGAAUCGAGCUUUUCAAAGGACACCACAAUUCGCAAGAAACUGGACAGACUUGCCGCCGAUCAGCAGGUAAAUCCCUCAUAA